AUGAAGCUUUUGCAGCUAUUCGGUGGUUAUGAUGGAGGAGAGGGAGUUGAUGGAGGAGAGGGAGUUGAUGGAGGAGAGGGAGGAGCACAGAGAGUGAGCGACGAUCAGGAUCAAAGCAAAAACGGCUUCGAACAGAAGGACAAACUGGAGCUGAAGCUGAAAAGGAAGCUUGAGCCAUGUGGGCAAAGAUGGAUCGGCGAAAAGAGUGGAGCCCAAGUGUUGAGUGAACAGGCAGAAAACCGAAGGGUCUGCCAGUUGCGAUUCGAGACAGAUCGACAAGGAUUACAGCGAAGCGAAGCGAGGCAGAGAAGAGGCAACAACAGCUUUCAGCGCAACCAAGAAGCAGCAAAGGAAAGCCGAACUAGCAUCACUGUCAUGAGAGUUCAGGUCGCCGUGUUUCGCCCUUGCGGCCGUUGCAAAGAGAAAGAGGCUUUCAUGGAUAACGACGUCGGCUCUGAGAAGAGAAGCAUCCAAACUCAACAACAGCGGCGUCCAAGAAGAAGAGGCGCAGAAGGGCAAGGUGCACUCAGCAGAGUGAAAUCACUGCAUUCAUGCAGUCCUGCUCGAUUGGCCGAUCCGCCGGUGCAGAUUCCGCUCUCUUGCGCAAGUCGAGCUUGA